CCAUUGUCAACGCAGAACAAACAACUCGCCGGGAGGACAGACAAGGAGGACAGGAGAGGAACAGCUAGCUCAUUUGGGUUGUUUCUCGCCGGGAAAUUUGUAGUGGUAAAGCCUUCUCGCGGAGUCGUCCUUGUAGAAGGCUUUUAGGACCAUGGAGUCCGUCUUGGGCUCACCAGGCAACACCAACCGCACCUUCUGCAGACAGACAGACAGACAGACAGACAGGGACAUAGACACCAAGAGAGACAGAGAUCCCUCCCCUGCCCGACCGUCAUGGGGGCCCAGCAGUAGCGUUGGUUGGUUGGCUCGAGGCGCCUCACGGUGGACCGGCUGCAUGUCUUCUGCCGUUUGUCCUGGUACCGCUCCUCGUCGUAGUGCCACGUGUACAGGUCUUUGCGCUUGCUGGGUUCCUCGACGAUGCACUUCCCCUGGCCGGUCGCCUUGUACUGCCCCUCGACGAGCUCAGCACCGCGGCUGGCCUCGACCAAGCCAGAUGAUACGACGCAUGUCUCGUCAGCAGAGCAGCCGUCGUCGACGGCCGUCAAUGGCACCGUCACGUCGAAGUCGUAGAAGAACGUGGUGUAGCCGGCCACGUAAUUGCUCGGCUCUUUCUGCAGCUCACGUACGGCAAGCGUAAUGUGGCAUGGCUGGCCGUCGCGGGAGAGUGCUGUCAUAUCGAUGGCGAAGAGCAAUGACCAUUUGACAGGGAGAAGCUCUCCUGACCUGUGUGUCGCUCACUUGAGGUGUCCACAGCCGUCUGCAAGCCCUGCUGGAUGGCGGACACGCCAGGAGACCUGGGCGCUGAUAGGUGGACACCCAUGGAAAGAGACAAGGAAAUCACAGUCGAUCUUGUGUGCGUGGCUGUGUGUUUGUAUCGCUAUUGCCACAAACACGCGUACUUUCGCUGUAGUAGAGCCCUCCCGGGAAUGUCCACUGAAUCUCGUCAUUGCCGCUCGUGGCUUUCAUCAGCAUGACGGCCCGUGUGAAGGUGUAGCCAGGCAUCGCCUCACGCAACUCGUCAUCGUGAAGCACCGAAGAGGGCACCUGCAGCAAAAGCAACCCACACAGGCGCGCUCCAUGCACUCGGGAGAGAACAGACCUGUCUGUCGUGUCUCUUCACUUGACCGUGUUGGGCGCCAUACACAUGGCGUUUCCAUCACCGGCCUUCAUCUCGGAUGGCGUGUAGCACAUCAACCCUCGGGCCUUCUCCAAUUUGUCCUGCCUCAUGUCACCACCAAGCCCCGCCGGCAUGACGUAUCGCUUCUCGACGGGAGUAGGCUCCUUCACGCAGUCGCCAAACCCGUCGGCGGUCUCCCAAUCGGCACGCACCAUGACCUCCGCCACCACACACGUGUAGCGGCCUUCCAAACAGGGCGCGCCACCUUGGUGGGGUGGAAGUGGUGCCGCUGGAAGGUGCUCUGGUUGUGGUGCGUGACCAUCGGCUCGCUCGUCUUGACGAACUCGACAGUGCAGGGGCCGAAAUUCACUGCAAAACAACGAACAAGGCUUGUGAGGCGGAGACUGAGCAGGUGCUGCACGCUCUGACCUGGAGGUGCAUUCAGAUGGCUCCGAUGCUGUUUCGACUGGAAUGCACCGCCAUCUGAAUGCAAUGACGGCACGCAUGGAGUCUCCGUGUUUCUACCUUUGACACAGCCGCCGCACAGGAGGGAGAGCAACACCAACACGACUUUCAUCGAUGGUUUCCGCUUUUUGAUGGAGACGGGGGGUGAG